UUUUGUUUAACUGCAUUUCGUGAAUUAGCGUUGAUCAGGCUGAGUCGCAGAAACAAGCAUCCCCUGCAAAGUCUUCAUUGUUUUUUCGGAAUUUGGUUCAAUUGGUGUAUCAAGUCAAAAUGUGGUCACGACUCCUGAAGAAAAAUAAAGGGAUUUACUCAACGGUUAAGCCUAUUGAGGAUUUUUAAUUUGUACAACAUCGUUCAGAGAUUUAAAUAUUUUCCAAUCUACAUAUUUUUGAAAUAUUGAUAAAAGGAAUUGGACCAUAGCCAUACCAAGAGUUACUGUUUCAAAACUGAGUGUCAUCUUCGGAUUUCCAGCCAUAAGGAGCUAUUGAGGACAAGUCCAAACUCGGGGCAAGAGUUUUAAAAGCUUUAUCUAUUGUGGGUUUUACAAACAACAAACACUAUGUUCCUGGUGUAUUGUAUGAUCUGACCGAAUACCAUAAGCUAAUAAGGAAUGAAAUGGGGAACUGUCUCAGAAAACAAAAAAAUAUCUGUGAUCAUAAGAUUACUGGAGAUGUGAUGAAACUUGCCUUGCAAUCUGAGGAGUGAAAGGGAUAUUCCGUAAUUUUUGGUGUGCAUUCUGUUGGAAACGAGAAGGUACCAACAAGCUAGCUGUAAUACAAUACUUCAUUUGGAAAGUUUGACCUACAAAUUAUUAAUAAGGAGGAAUUAAUUUGUGGAUUCUAUCGGAAAUGAUAAAGACGUUCAACAAUGAAUGACAAAUUGUGCUAAAAUUGUGAUGGGACGGUAAAAUCCAUAGUUGUAAAUAAUUGAUGAAUUUCAAAAAUGCUUUAUGAAGAUCAAGGUAACUUAGACUCUGUGUGUUUGAAUGAAUUGACAGUUCUAUAUAUUUGACUUGAAUUAUGAUGGAACUUAUCAUCAGGGAUAUAAUACCACGAUAAAAUGCCAAGGAUUUUGGUUGAAUGAAGCUUUGUGAUUUUCUAUUAUAGUAUUUGACAGUGGAUCUGUGGUGUCCUGCCUGGUUUGCAUUGAUUUUUUGAUUUAUUUGAAGACAGCAUGUUUAGUGGCAGAGGAUUAAUUGAUUUUUGUUUCUAUCGGAGAAUGUUAAAAACCUUCAGUUUUCUUAAUACAUGUACCUGACUGUUUGCCUUGUACAGGUAGGAUUAUGAAAAGAUUAAUAAUUGAUUGGUAAAUUAGAGUUCUGUAGUGAAAUGGGAUCAUCAUUCACUAAAAUUCAUCUUUGGUUUUCACACUGUGAAAUACUUGUAGAAACCCAUUUUAUUCAUGCAUGGAUUACACAACUUUGAUUUGAUUACAUGAACUGUGUUGACUGUGUGGACAAUCAAAUUAAUUAGCUGAGGGGACUUGUACUGCUAGGAGUCCUAUACCCCUGCCUAUGGUAUUUGCCAGACAAUGAAUAAGCCGAGUGGUUAUCAAUGGGGCUAGGUGGACAAUAUCUGAAAGCUGUUGAUUAUAGUUCCUUUGGAGUUUAAUGUAAUCUUCUCAGCUGAAUCAAAAGAAAUCUAUGUGUAAAUGUGUUUGAGAGGUUCCAUCCAUCCGUGAAGUAUUUACAAGCCUAAACAAUGACUCAAAAAUCCACGCCUGAUGGCACAGUUUCUACUGAAGUGAAUAACAAUAUAAAGGGACACAAGAAGCACCCGUCCAGUUCAUUCCUCAGCAAGUUCAUAGCUCUCCCGCAGGGUCUGAGGGUGAAGUCUAAAGGAGGAGAAAGUGAGGGAAACCUGAGCCCACGGAGACCGGUACCGGUGAAAGCAUUGCCCUCUGGGGGCUUUAUUAAUCAGCCCGAGGAACUAGUGGAGGAUUUAACUGAAGCAAAUAAUAAUGUGUUUAUUCAUCUGGAACGUUGUGAAAAUAAUUCCAGCAUACCAAAUAGCCCAUUAAGUCAACAUAGCAGAAACCCAAGCAUUUCGUCAUUUACUAGUUCACAAGAUGGCAGUAUCAACUCGGACUUGAAUUGGGAAGGAUCACAGUCCUCACGCCGGUCAGGUAGAUACAGGAAGCGCUCCUCAUCGACCCCACCAGACAUUGGCAGACAAAGGAGUUCACCUGUGGAUAGGAGAAUCGGUAGACUUGCCAAUCAAUACUACCAGGCUGUGUUAAACAACAACAGUAAGAAUGUAAACACGGGGACUUCUACAAACCACAAUAACGACUGGUCCAGGCAGUCUAACAGCAGCGAUACAGGUAUUUCUGUGGACAGUGACGAUUCCUUUGAUUUUGGUGACAUAGAGGAUGUAGAUUUUGGUAGUAGUAUCAUCCCCCACCAAAGCAGCACGCCACUGGAUAAAUACCAUCCAUCAACACCUGUCACACAAACAGGCAGCUUUUCGCCUUCAGGGGUCAAAACCAUGAUGCAUCCACAUUACAUGACAUUGCCUAGGAAUACUAAGUUUCAAUCUGACAACGUCCCACAUACAGUCGGUCUAGUCAAGGUGGACAAUUCUCUCAGGCCUAUGGCCUACCCCAAUGGAACUGUCCCCCACAGAACUGCCCCCUACGAAAAAGUGAUGACUGCCGGUGGUUCCCUGAAAAUGAAGUCCCCCGGCCUGGUGGUGUACAAGCCACCCCCUGGUGAUUAUAUUAUGAUGGGUGAUCAUUCUUUGCACACUGGAGGUGCUGGCAGUGUGCCAUUUAAAAACCAAGGUGUAACUGAUAUUCACGACCUACCCAAUAAUCGACUGGGACAACCAGAGCUGUCUAACCUGUACAAGUCGCGGGGACUUUCGUCCAGUAUGCCCACCUUACUGGGGAAUGCUACCCCUAAGGAACAGAAAAAGUUCCUAAAGGAAGUAAAGAAGUUGGAAAAAGAGGAAAAGAAGAGGAGAGAGAAAGAAGAAAAAAGGAGGAUUAAGGAAGAAAAGAAAAAGGAGAAAACUCUAAGAAAGCAGAAGAAAUAUGUGAACAGGACUUUACCGAGAAACUGGGUAUCUGGGUAUGUGGAGAAACCUAUUGAAAAUGUGUAUUAUAGACGGUCACAGUUGCAGUUCUCGGCAGUUCCUAUUGAUUUCGAGGAUGGACCUGCAAGUCAUAGGUCCGAUCCGCCGCCCCAUGCACCCCCUCCUCCCCCUCCCCAAACUUUACAGCAGGGGCCUAGUCUGAAAGCUCAGGCGUUCUAUAACAGUGCUCCAGAUCUGCUUCGUUUGGAGAAAGUGUAUGGAGCUACCAUUAGGGGACAACCAAAGGAAUAUCAGGAUGCUCACAGCAUUACAAAUGGAGGAUUUACUUUACACAGGAAUAUGCCUAACACACACUACUACAGUGAAUAUGCACCCAGAUCAGUCGUGCUACAGAAGGGUCCGGAGGGUUACGGAUUUGUGCUACGAGGAGCUAAAUCCCAGACCCAUGCCACUGGGGAGCUGGACUUUCGACCAACAGCGGAAUUCCCGGCGCUACAGUAUCUGGACAGCGUGGACCCCGGGAGCAGGGCGGACAGGGUCGGACUGAAGACGGGCGAUUUCAUACUAGAGAUAAAUGGAGAGAAUGUGGUGCGGGCGUCACAUGACCGGGUGGUGCAGCUGAUACGUCACUCUGGGGACACCCUGGCCCUGAAGGUGGUAACUGUAAAACCCCUGGAGAAACCAGAUCACUGGCUUCAGCACCACAAUGGGACCAUGACGCUCCCCAACAGGGGCGGACCCAAACGGCAAGCCCCACAACCUCCCCAGAGAGACCCACAGACUUCUCUGUCUGUCGGCAAAGCGCAGGGGAAACAGUACGCAGAGGGCAUGGCUGAACUAGAGAGGACUGUGCAGGAACUAAAUUCUUCUACCGAGGACCAGCUAGACUUGGCUUUGGCAGAGUAUGAGAAACAGAGUGUGCAUUCUGCAGUGUCUUCAGAUCAGAAGACGGCAUCCAUCAGGAGCAAACAUUCUGCUAAACGUGUGUCGUGUGUUGAAUUGGACAAGAUUGAAAAUCCAGACUCAAAGGCUGCAACGACUAAAGGCAAGGGUAAGGACUACAUGAGUCCGUCUGAAAUACGUAUCCAAAAGUACCAUCACAAAAAAGGAGCCAAUCUGGAGCGAUCAAGCAGCACUCCUAGUUUAGUGGACAAAAAGACGGAAGCAGUUUAUGCAACGCCAACUGUGCCCUCCACUGAACAAAAUGACAUGGGGCACAGGCGGUCAAGUAGUGGUGCUGCUAUCAGUCAUAUAUACGCAACCCCAGGGGAGAGACCAAGGGCACCCCCUCCCCCUCCUCCUGCUGGGACAUCCACUUCUAGUCCUAAAAGACCAGCCCCUGCUCCCCCAACAAGACCUCAGGCAGAAAUCAUAUCAAUAUCCACGGAUAGAAGAAAAUCUUCUCUCACCAGCAUGACCGACAGUGUGCAUUCUGUUGAGAAGCCUGCUUCAGAAUACGAAUCCAGUUUCCGACCUGGAAUUUCUGCACAGUUGAGCACCGAACCAAAAAUUUCAACUCUUUCACUGCAGCAGGUUAAACUGCGUUCUCACAAUAGGAAUUCCAGUCAAGUUUCUGUGCAAUCUACUGAUUCAGGGGAGAGUAAGCGCAGUGAGGAGAAAUUGGGAGUCACGUUUGCAGAGGACAAAGUUCAAGACCAGGCCCAUUUGUUCCUACAAAAACAUCCGAAUGCCCAACUGCUGGUAACAACAAAUAUACAUGCCAAGAACAAAGACAGAAAAAUGUCGGAACCAGAACCAGAUUAUGAUAGUGAUGAAAACGAUGCUAAAGUGAAAAGUAAAGUGACAGUUAUAAGUGUAGGUGGUGGGGUGGAAAAUUCCAAAAAAUAUACUGUGAAAUCAGAUAUACCAUCAGGGGAGGGGGGAAUGUUUAUACCUCCACCUCCUUCUGAACCAGCACCGAAACCUCCCAGUCAGAAACCGCCCUCACCUCUACCAAAACCAGCAAAACAAGACAUUGAUAUCAAGCUAAGUCUUUCAACAGAGAAGAAAGAUAUGGAGCAGUCCAUUACAAAAAAUGUUGAAACUUCUUCAGUGAAAUCAGAGGAGACUGCGUUGUCGUCCUCUACGGUGAAAUUUUCAGAGCCAGAGCCACGGAACAUUCCACCUGCCCCGCCAGCUCCACCUCCUCCUCCACCCGCUCCACCUGCACCUCCACCACCAGGUGUAAUGGCUCCAGAGGAAAAGCCCAAAACUCCUCCUCCAGUGUUUGAGAAAAAACCAAAAAAUCCUGUACAAGGUAUUCCUUCGAAGGCCAUCAUGGAUGCUGUUGCUCAGAGAAAAACAAGAAUUGAGGCAGAGGGCAUGAAAAUUUCCAAAGGACCAAAUAAAGAAGCACCAGUAAAAGAUGGAAAUGACCUCAGAAAUAGAAUGCUGGACAAUACACACAGUGCAAUAUUGGCUGCUGUCGCCAAGAGAAGAGCUGUGCUGGAGGAGAAAGACUCUGAACACACUGUGGCUGAUGAAAUCGAGAACAGAUUACAGAAAACCAAGAAACUGCAGUCUGCAAAAUACUACUUCUCUAGUGAAUCAAUUCAAAAGAAGGACACAGAAAAGACAAACAAAGUAGGAACCAAGACUGAAACUAAUGCUAAGGAAAUUACUCCCACCAUUGUCAAACCAACAACACCAACAUCAAUCUCACCUAUUACAACAAAACCACCAAGUCCAGUUCCCAGUAAAAAGACCAAACCACCAAGUCCGGUUCCCAGUAAAAAGACCAAACCGCCUAGUCCGGUUCCCAGUAAAAAGACCAAACCGCCUAGUCCGGUUCCACCUAGGAAAAUCAGUCCAUCAAUACCUGGAGCUAAAACUUUGCCAACAGCUACAAAAACAGCAAAACCAACAGCCACUAAAGCUACAGAGAAAACACAGACUGCACCAAAACCAAUCUACAUAUCCUCCACAAAACCUCCCAGUCCAAAACUAAAAAAGGCACCCAGUCCUAUUCCUGUCCAAAGUCGUGCACCAGAGACUAGUCCUGAUAAAGCUAAAGCGACAAGCCAUGAGAAAUCUUCAACCGUAGGAGAAGGCAAGGGUGUAGAAAAAGAUGAAAAUGAAGAUCUUCUGGCCAAGGCAGAAAAAGUUAGACAGGACUGGCUGCAGAAGAAGUCUAGCAGUACUUCUCUCAAGUCUCCACGAGAUGUUACAAGAAAUCCUAGCAAGUUGAAUUCUCCAAGAAGAACAACCUCCAAAGCUGGAGCAAAAACAGACAACUUGGACACCAAAGAGUCAUCUGCUCCCAAAAUGAAUGGAAUGACUCUUCCUCUGAAUAAGGAGGAAAACAAAAGCACAAGUGUUCAAAGCAAACCCAGCAACUCGGCCAAGGGACUUGUUCAGGUUCAAUCCGCAAAGUCCUCGGACAAGAGUGGCAUCACACCAAUGAAGACUUCAAAAGAUUCGGAAGUCUUAUUGAAAACUAAAAACAUUAGAGAUCGCAUAGCAAAUUUCGAAAAGGGAAAACCUGCUGUGAAUGGAAAGUCAGAUUCUGAUUCUAAAAUCCCUGUGCAUGGUGUGACAUUGGACAGUUCUAUUACUGAUAAGUCUCCUGCACUCCCCCCACCACCGGAGUUCGGGGAUGCUGUACAGCUGGAAAUCAUUCCACCUCCCUCAGGGUUCAAUCUUACAGACAAUUUAGAAUCACCAACUUACAGCUCUGCUUUCCAUCAUAGUGAUUCUUCAUCUGUGUCUACACUGUCUACUUUAUCGGACGACCACAUGGACAAUAAAACCAAACAUUCCUACGAAGAUUUGAUAGCUCCUCCCCCUCCUGGGUUUGAUGACAACAGUGAGGACUCGGGUGUUAUUCCUCCACCCCCAGACUUUGGGGAAAGCAAACCUGCAAUGAAAUCAAAUAAUAAAACUUAUAAUAAGCCAUUUUUGUCCAAGCCGCUCUCUGGCUGGCAAUGUUUGGAUGUACUAGAUUGGCUCGAUAGCAUUCAAAUGGCUCAGUAUAAGAAAAGUUUUCAGCAACAUUGUAUUGACGGGAAAAAGCUGGGUGGACUACAACGCAAUGACUAUAUUCAGUUAGGUGUGACUCAGGUCGGUCAUCGAAUGUCUAUGGAACGAGCCAUUAAGAAAGCCAGUAACAUUAUCACUGGCACACACUUGUGAUUUCACGAUAAACUAUUCAAGGGAAGGUAACUCUUACAUGUUCUCGAGUCGCUGUGGUGAAUCUUAAGAAAUUUUGUGGAAAAAAUUUCGCUUUAUGUCUGUGAUUUUUAUUCUUUUGGAAUUAUCAUUCGAUGGAACAAGAAUCCCAGUGCUGCAGAUGUGAUGGGUGGUCUUCCAUAUUAUAUCAUUUCAUAUUGGACGUCAUGCAAAACAGUUUAUUUACUCGGGUUGUGCAUAUAGAAAUGUAUUCACGUGAUAUCACUAUAAACCUGUACAUAGCCAGUAAACAUUGUCUUUAUCAGAAUGUGCCAAUGUAGCUGGAGAAGACAGUUUUGUUCUCCUCAUUUCUGAAUUGAUAUUUUUGAAGUUUGACUUUUUUUCCUCAUUCUUGUUCUGUAAAAGUUGUAAAAUUAUAUGUUAUAUGUUAAAGCAUUACCAAAAUAUGUAUUCAAUAACUGCAUUAAUUGCAAGUAAUUUUUAGUCUUGAUUUAAAAAAAAAAAGAAGCAUUACAGUUUAUAUCAAUCAUCAGGUAUUGUACUGUAGCCUCUGUGUAUAACAAUAUUAUAUAUAUAUAUACAGUGUGUGUGUUACAUAUAUAUAUAUAUAUAUAUAUAUAUAUAUAUAUGUAUAUAUAAACACAUACAGACAGGUUACCUUGCAUUUGGAUUGUGAGAAGAGUACCUGUUUAUCUGUUAGAGCGCUAUGCUGGCAUAGCAACCAUUGAAAUCUCCACUGUGAUGCUGUUGAGCACGCAGGGCGACUAACGGACUUAGUUUAUGUUAUGAUAGUCAAGCUAGUUUCGGAUGUAGCUUUCUUUAUACAAAGACAUGAACAAUUCAAUAUUUGAGUUAUAUAGACCAUCUGUAGAUUCCCAUUCAAAUUCCGAGAUGAUUUUAAGUUUGCAUAAAAUGCAUGCUGUCAGAUAUAUGCUUCACUUUUGCCUUGCAAGCUUGUUGAAAGUGCCAUGGUGGUGAGAGAAUGUGUAUCAGGAUAUUCUACAAAAAUAAAAACCAUUCACAUUAACACGUUGUAUGAAAGAAUAAUUUAUUUUUUACAUUUUCUCAAAUUUACUGUCAUGUAAUUGUUUGUAGUUAUACAAAUGUAAAUUAAUAUUAAAUUUUGACAUUAAAUAUAUAUGAAAAAAA